GCGCAACCACAAAGUCAAAAUCGAAUAUAUCGUGAAAGUAAAAAUGAACUUUUUGGUGUAAAUUUAAGGUUAUGCAUAAGGCUAACCGUUUGGUUAAGGUCAGGUUUAAAGAAUAUACAUUGUAGAAAUAGGCGGGGUUUAUGACUUUGUGUCUGUGGUAACUACUGACGACCGACUCGAGUGGAUCCAAUGAGAUCACGCCGCGUUAUGGGCCCUAUGGCGAGAACAAGCAGGUGAUAGCAAGGGAAAAAUCAAGAAAUCUUUAUUAGAGUGCCUACGAAGAGGUUUUUAGUUAAUAGAUCAAGCCAACAUUAAGAAGUAUCACCUAAAAUAAUACAGUUUAGCUUGCUGCAUGUAAAGGCGUGCGCUUUCAUUUUGUUUAUAUUGUUGUUUAAACUAGUCUGCUUCAAAUAACUGAACUGCUGGAGUGGAGAAGGUCACCAUGAGGAGGAAGCUGACUUUAUGGGCUCGCUUCUGUCUCGUCUUGGCUCUGCUGCCUUCACAAACAGCCUCUGUUGCAGUCAUGUCAGUUGACCUGGGCAGUGAGUGGAUGAAAGUAGCGAUAGUAAAACCUGGCGUGCCAAUGGAGAUUGCUCUAAACAAGGAGUCCAGGAGGAAAACGCCAAUAGCUGUGUGUUUAAAAGAAAACGAGAGACUUUUUGGAGACAGUGCAUUGGGAGUGUCUGUGAAGAACCCCAAAUUUGUCUAUAGGCAUCUUCAGAGCCUCCUUGGCAAGAAGCAUGACAACUCACAGGUGGCGGUCUAUCAGAAACGCUUCCCCGAGCACCAUCUGGUGAUAGAUGAGAGUCGGGGCACAGUUCUCUUUAGCAACUCGGAAGAAAUGCAGUACUCUCCAGAGGAGCUCCUGGGCAUGGUUUUGAACUAUUCACGUGGACUUGCUCAGGACUUUGCAGAGCAGCCCAUCAAAGAUGCAGUGAUCACCGUCCCAGUCUUUUUCAAUCAGGCAGAGCGCAGAGCAGUCCUGCAGGCCGCACAGAUGGCAGGUGUUAAAGUCCUUCAGCUCAUCAACGACAACACGGCGGUGGCACUCAACUACGGCGUCUUCAGGAGAAAAGUCAUCAACAGCACAGCACAGAACAUAAUGUUCUAUGACAUGGGUUCAGGCAGCACAACGGCAACCAUCGUCACAUACCAGACAGUCAAAACCGAAGAGUCGGGUUCCCAGCCACAGCUCCAGAUACGAGGAGUGGGGUUUGACCGAUCUCUGGGGGGCUUUGAGAUGGAGCUGCGGCUGCAGGACCACCUGGCCAAGCUAUUCAACGAGCAGAAGAAGACCAAGAAGGACGUGAGGGAGAACCACCGGGCCAUGGCCAAGCUCCUCAAGGAGGCCCAGAGACUCAAGACUGUGCUGAGCGCUAAUGCCGAAUUCAUGGCACAGGUGGAAGGGCUGCUGGAUGACAUGGAUUUCAAGGCCAAGGUGACCCGUGUGGAGUUUGAGACCCUGUGUGCUGACCUUUUUGAGAGAGUGCCUGGCCCUGUACAGGAUGCCCUCAGCUCUGCAGAGAUGUCCCUGGAUGAGAUCGAGCAGGUGAUCCUUGUGGGUGGCUCCACCCGAGUGCCUAAGGUGCAAGAAGUGCUGCUCAAAGCCGUUGGGAAAGAGGAGCUAGGGAAGAACCUCAACGCAGAUGAGGCUGCAGCCAUGGGGGCUGUGUACCAGGCCGCUGCCCUCAGCAAGGCCUUCAAAGUCCAACCUUUCCUGGUUAGAGAGGCAACCGUUUUCCCCAUUCAGGUGGAGUUCACAAGUGAGAUGGAGGAGGAUGGUUCCAGGAUCCUGAAGCACAACAAGCAUAUUCUGUUCCAGAGGAUGGCCCCCUACCCCCAGAGCAAGGUCCUCACCUUCAACCACACUGAUGACUUUGCCUUCAACAUCAACUACGGCGAUCUCAGUUUCCUGGGCCAGGAAGACCUCAGUGUCUUUGGCUCUCUCAACCUGACCACAGUGCAGCUGUCUGGGGUGGGCAGCAGCUUCCAGAAGCACACAGAUGCUGAGUACAAGGGCAUCAAUGCCAGCUUCAACAUGAACGAGAGUGGCGUGCUCCUCCUUGACUGGGUGGUGUCUGUCUUUGAGACCGUUGUGGAGGAGGAGUCUACUCUGACAAAACUGGGAAAUACAUUUUCCAGCCUGUUUGGAGGGGGAUCCUCGGAACCCAACACAAAUGUGACUGAACCAGUUCAGGAUGAGAAGGUUCAUCCGGAGUCUGUGAAGGAGCAAGAGGAGGCUGCGCCCCAGGAAGAGAAGCAGGAGCCUGGGGAGGAACAACAACAACAGCAGCAGGAGGAGGUGGCCCCAACCCACGAGAAGACUGAGGGAGUAGACAGUAAGGCUGACCUUCAGGAUGAAAAGGAGGGAGCCAAAUCUGGAGAAGAGGAGAAAACGACAGAGGAAGCGGCAAAGACUGAGGCCGAGAAGAAAGUCAAGCAUCAGAAGAAAAACGAGAUCUAUGAGGAUGUCACAGUGGAGCUCCAAGUGAAAGACAUCCUUAACCCUCAUUUAGACGCCAUCACCUCCUCAAACAAGAAGCUCCAAGACCUGACUGAUAGAGACCUGAAGAAACAGGAGAGGGAGAAGACACUGAACAGCCUUGAGGCAUUCCUUUUUGAUACCCAGGACAAAAUGUACCAGGAGGAGUACCAGGCAGUGGUGUUGGAGGAAGAGAAGGAAGCCAUCCUGGCCAAGCUGAGUCAAGUGUCGACCUGGAUGGACGAGGAUGGCUACUCUGCGUCCACCAAGGAGUUGCGGGAGAAGCUGCAGCAUCUCAGAAAGCUGUGCAGGGCCAUGUUCUUCCGCGUGGAAGAGCGUAGGAAGUGGCCUGGCCACCUGGCCACCCUGGAGAGCAAGCUCAACCGCUCCAGCUUCUUCCUCAGGAGCUCCAAACUUGUACCAGAGGAUGACCGAAUCUUCACUGACGUGGAGCUGAAGACGUUGGAAAAAGUCAUCAACGAGACCUCUACGUGGAAGAACAACACAGUAGCUGAACAGGAGAAGAGUUCUCCCACGGAGCGGCCUGUGCUGCUGUCCAAAGACAUAGAGUCCAAGUGGGCUUUGCUGGACCGCGAGGUCAACUACUUGCUGAACAAGCCCAAGGCAGCCAAGCCCAAGGCUGCCAAGCCCAAGGCCGCCAAGCCCAAUAACAACAGCACCACAGAGAGCAGCAGCAGCAAGGCCAACAGCAGCAAAAUGGAAGAGAAAGUCAUACUUCCCAAGGAGGAGACCAAAGACGAAGAGGGCACUGAGGAGGUGCAGCAAGAGGAACCGCCCAUCAAAGAGCCCACUGGACAGAACACAGACUCACUCAGCCAAUCACAGCCUACAGAUAAAACUGCAAGUACAGAGGGCACUGAGGAGGUGCAGCAAGAGGAACCGCCCAUCAAAGAGCCCACUGGACAGAACACAGACUCACUCAGCCAAUCACAGCCUACAGAUAAAACUACAAGGACAGAACCAACAGAGAAAAAACAGUCAGAAAACCACAAAGGGGAUGAGUUUUAACAGCUGGAACGAGAUAUCAUUGUAUUUGUUGACUGUUUAAUUGUUUCCUACAUAUUUUGGGGGUUUUGUUUUUCCAGCCUUUUAUUUUGAAAACUGUAAAGUCAUUGGAUCAGCUCAGACUUCUUGAACUGUCUUAUUCCCACUACCUACCUCUCGUUCUCACUUUCUGUUCACCUUCAUCCCCCUCUGCGGCCGAACAUCUUUCCCCUCUUACUGACAUGAGCAAGGAGCGCUGACUAAGCCUGGAAUAACCAGCGAAUGAACUGACACAAGACUUCAAGUUUGUAUUCUACCAUCCUGCCCUACAGGUUUAGGCAUACUUUCCCACAUGCAAACAACUACUUGGACAACUGUAUAUUUGCCCUGCAUUGAACAAAGAAGUGUUUAGUUUUGGUAGGACUAAUGAUAACAGGACUCAAUGUUUCCUCCACUGGAACUCUGUUGCAUUGCAUUGUUUGUCGCUUUCUGAGAUCAGGAAGGGUAGUUGUGAUUUGACCUCUCAAGCAGGCUUGUUUUCACGUAGGAAGUUUUGCUUUUAUUUUAUUUUUUGUGCGUUUGCACUGGUUGUUGAGAAAUAUAUCAAAUGGGCUGGAGCUAAUGUAUGCUCCUCUUGGGAAAUGGAAUGGGUUUUAGUUGUAUUUGAAUAUUGAAUGCCUUUAAUACCUUGUAUUGUGGCACAUAAACAAUCUGUGAUUGUGUGUAUAUACAAUAUCCUACAAAGGGGGAAUUGAUUUGUCAUCCAAAUAUUACUGAUGACCAGUCGUUAAAUGUGUUUAUAGGUGUAAAAUCUAUUUCAUGCUUUUCAGAACCUUCUCGCCAUGGUCUUCUGACAAUUCAUCAAUGAAUUAGCUUGAGGGAAACAUUUUUCACUGAAGUACAUCUAUCUUGAUUUCUAGUUUCUUUAAAUUGUACUCCAAUACAUAAAGUGAAAUAAACUUCAAUUACCAAGGUGUAAUUUUGGGCUUGCCAUUGGUUGUGUUCAGUAGGUGAUCAAAAUAAAAUGGCAUUGAUUAUCGUUUUGUUAUGCUGUGCCCUGCUGAACACAACCCUGGUCUUUGUAAGGCUGCAAGUAUGAAUUUCAGGGCUGCUCAACUGUUGCACUGACUGAAGAAGAAUAAGUAGAUAUUAUCCAUGUCUCAAGCUGCUUGAAUCUCUACCAAAGGAGUGUGGUUCCUGUUCUUUGCAUCACCUCAGAUGGUUUGAGGGGGAAUAAACUAACGGGAUUGGGGGAUGCCAAUGCUUUUGUUUCUAAACUGUUAAUAGUAUUUUUUUUUUUUUUAUAUGGUGAUGAAUAGUGGAAUUAUUAUUUUAUUUUUUUUAAUCCGUGUCUAAAAAUAAGAUGUGUAUUUGAAGACCCAUGUCAUCUAACAAAUACAAAUGUACCAUUGUAACUCUGGGCUAGGGUUGAUUCUGUAACUCAAAUCUAAGUAAUGGUUUCAUUGCGUUUCAAUUCCAGCUUGGUCUGUGUGAAUGUGUAACUGACCAACUUGAAGAGCAGCAGGACAGAUUAUGAAGAAAAAUGUGACAAUUUCUAUUUUAUUUGUAUAAAAGAUGUCAAGUGUU